UGAUAAUGAAAUGGUUAGUGUAUAGAAAAUCCUAUGGAUUUAUAGAAAAAAAAAUCUUCUGAUUCACCAUCAAAAUAAAAAGGCCUGUGUUAAUCUGGAUUUUGUUCACUACUGCCAUUUGAUGAUUGAUUUGAUUUGAAUGUUUUUUUUUUUUUAAUUUAAUUUCUCCAAACAAUGUCUUUUCUUUACCAUGUAAUUUGUUGUUUAUUCACAAUAAUAAUUCAGCUACAAUUCUAUGAAACAAAUGAUUCAUUAGCAUUAUAUCCAUGGCCAACUGAAACACGACAAACAAUGUCAUUGGAUGGUGUUUGGACAUUUCGUAUAACUGAUUAUUCAUAUAAUAAUGAAUUAUAUGGUUUUCAACAUGAUUGGUUCAAUAAAUCAUUAGAUUUGAUUGAUGAUCAUUAUGAACGUAUGCCGGUACCAUCAAGUUUCAAUGAUAUAACAGAAAAUCGUGAUAUACGUGAUUUUGUUGGCUGGUCAUGGUAUGAUCGAAAAUUUUUUCUACCAAUAGAUUUUCAUUCAAAUAAAAUGGAUGUUAUAUUACGUUUUGGUUCAGUUAAUUAUAAGGCUGUUGUUUGGAUAAAUGGCCAACAUGUUAUGAAUCAUACUGGUGGACAUUUACCAUUCCAAACGGAUAUUACUGAUUAUCUUUACGAUGGUAAUCAUGUGAAUCAUAUUACAGUGGCUGUUAAUAAUGAAUUAAGUCAGAAUACAAUACCACAAGGAUCUUAUAAAGUGAAAUAUGAUUCACGUACAAUACCAAAUCAUAAAUUUAUUGAAUCAAAUUUUGGUUUUGAUUUCUAUAAUUAUGCUGGCAUUCAACGGUCGGUUUUGUUGUAUUUUGUACCAAAAAUUCGUAUUACUGAUCUUACUAUUAUUACCGAUAUUGAUGACAACGAUAAUCAUGUAGAUGGUAUUAUUCAUUUUAACGUAACGACAAAUGUCCAUGAUAAAUAUGUUGUUCAAAUCGAUGUAUUUGAUCGCCAUGGUCAAUUGAUGAAUAGUUCACGUGGACAAUCUGAAAGUACAUUAAUCAUAAAUGAUGCACAUUUAUGGUGGCCAUUUACAAUGCAUCCAGAACCUGGUUAUCUUUAUCGUAUGGCUAUAAGUUUAUAUCAUACAAACGAUAAAAUGAAUAAAUUAAUUGAUCGUUAUUAUCAAAAUAUCGGUAUUCGAACUGUUCAAGUGGAUAGUGAAAAUUUUCAAUUUCUUGUCAAUGGAAAACCAUUUUAUUUUCGUGGUUUUGGAAAACAUGAAGAAUAUGAUAUACGUGGCAGAAGUUUAGAUCAAGUUAUGAUUAUUAAAGAUUAUAAUCUUAUUAAAUGGAUUGGUGCAAAUUCUUUUCGUACAAGUCAUUAUCCAUAUUCUGAACAAUUAAUGGAUGAAGCUGAUAUUCAAGGUAUUGCUGUGAUUGAUGAAUGUCCAGCCGUUGGUUUGAAGUCAUUCAAUUCGAUUUUAUUGAAACAACAUUUAAUCACCAUACGUGAAAUGAUUGAAAGAGAUAAGAAUCGUCCAUCAGUAUUUAUGUGGUCUAUAGCCAAUGAAGCCAAAUCAUCAAUGAAAGAAUCAGAAAAUUAUUUCCAAAAAGUUGCUUCGCUUGCUCGUGAAUUGGAUGUAUCGAAUCGGCCAAUAACGGCAGCUGAUAAUCAAUAUAAUCAGGAUUAUUUACCACCAGUAUUAGAUGUUAUAAUGGUUAAUCGUUACUAUGGUUGGUAUAUUGAUAAUGGCUAUCCACAAGCAAUACAGACAAAUGUUGUAAAUGAUUUUGUGAAAAUUUGGCAAAAAUAUCAAAAACCUGUUAUGAUUUCUGAAUAUGGUGCCGAUACAAUCAGUGGUAUGCAUAUGGAACCAAGUUUUGUAUUUACUGAAGAUUAUCAAGCUGAAAUAAUGCUUGAAAAUCAUCAUGCAUUCGAUAUAUUACGUUCGAAAGGAUUCUUUAUCGGUGAACAUAUAUGGAAUUUUGCAGAUUUUAUGACACAACAAUCAACAACAAGAGUUGGUGGUAAUAAAAAAGGAAUAUUCACUCGUCAACGGCAACCAAAAUCAUCGGCAAGAUUAUUACGUUGUCGUUAUUGGUUGUUGGCCAAUGUUACCACCUAUCAUGAGGAACAUAGUCGUGGUUUUAGUUAUUGUCCAAAUGUUCAAUAUUGAAAUGAAAAAAAAAAUAAGUGAAAAAUCAUCAUCAUUAUCAUCAUUUAUUAUUUCAUUGAUCUAAGAAAGAAGAAUAAAAAAAAACUUAUGAAUAAAUAAAUAUGACAAACAAACAGAAGAAAAAAUUCAACACUUAUUGCAUUAAUGGUGACGAGAAUGAUAAAAUUCUUGACAAUUAACAAACAAUUAACUAAUUUAAAAAAAAAUGUUGAAACCUAAUUUAAAA